UGAGGAGGCCCACGUCGUUUGUUUCCACACGUUAUGAACUGUGAGUACGUAGAAUAGAAGAAGUAGCUAUCGCAACAGGGUCCACCACACACCACAUUCCUUUUUAUCCCCUCAAUAGUCCCAUGUGAUGUGAUGAUGCAAUUGCAAUCCUAAACCUUCUCUCUUUCUUUUUCAAAACCCUCGCUCUCACCGUCGCGCCGGAAUCUUCCCCGGCAAUGUCGGCGCCGGCGGAGGCUCCUUCCUUCACUGCCUCUCCUCCGUCAGAGACUACUCCCUCACCUAACUCCACUGCCCUCUCUCCUCCGCCUCCCUCCACCAUCAAUGCCACCGUUUCUCCUCCGCCGCCGGAGGCGGCCUCCCCUCCGACCAGUACCGUUAACAGCGGGUUGUCGACGGGUACAGUGAGCGGAAUAGUUAUAGGGGCCGUGUUAGGUUCGGUGGGUAUGCUUAUCAUUGGGGGCAUUUUCUUCUGCUUCUAUAGGAAUUGGAAAAGGAAGAAGAACCACUCGCAGCCGCCACAACCAAAAGCUGACAUAGCUGGUGGCACACUUCAGAAUUGGCAGGACAGUGUUCCUCCAACAACAGAUGGUAAAGUGGGCUUCUCACCCAAGCCUCCUCCUGGGGGUUUAGUGAAUCAGCAACAGUCAUCCGCUGCUCUCCUCACACUUGUUGUCAAUUCUUCGAACACCAGCAGCAGUUUGGGGUCCGAGAAGGCGAAGUCAUACAUUUCUCCAUCUCCUGGCACUUCCUUGGCACUAUCUCAAAGCACUUUUACGUAUGACGAAUUAUCUAUGGCGACAGAUGGAUUCUCCAGAUCAAAUCUUCUUGGUCAAGGUGGUUUUGGCUAUGUCCAUAAAGGAGUUCUCCCAAAUGGGAAAAUUGUCGCAGUCAAGCAGUUGAAAUCUGAGAGUAGACAAGGGGAGCGUGAGUUCCAUGCAGAAGUUGAUGUCAUUAGCCGUGUGCAUCACAGACACCUUGUUUCCCUAGUUGGAUACUGCGUCUCAGACAGCCAAAAGAUGCUUGUCUACGAGUAUGUGGAAAAUGAUACACUAGAAUUUCACUUGCAUGGAAAGGACAGACUACCUAUGGAUUGGUCAACAAGGAUGAAGAUUGCUAUAGGAUCUGCAAAAGGAUUGGCAUAUUUGCAUGAAGACUGUAAUCCCAAAAUCAUACACCGAGACAUCAAGGCAUCUAACAUUCUUCUUGAUGAAAGUUUUGAGGCUAAGGUCGCAGAUUUUGGACUUGCAAAAUUUUCAUCAGACACAGACACCCAUGUUUCUACCCGAGUGAUGGGAACUUUUGGAUACAUGGCUCCAGAAUAUGCUGCUAGUGGGAAACUCACUGAAAAGUCAGAUGUUUUCUCCUUUGGUGUUGUGCUUUUGGAGUUGAUUACUGGACGAAAACCUGUUGAUAAAACUCAAACCUUCAUAGAUGACAGCAUGGUUGAAUGGGCGAGGCCUUUACUAUCCCAAGCUUUGGAAAAUGGCAACUUAAAUGGACUUGUCGAUCCAAGGUUGCAGACAAAUUACAAUCUUGACGAGAUGAUCCGAAUGACUACUUGUGCUGCAACUUGUGUGCGCUAUUCAGCCAGGCUCCGGCCUCGAAUGAGCCAGGUUGUUCGAGCUCUGGAAGGAAAUAUUUCUCUAGAAGAUCUAAAUGAUGGGAUUGCACCUGGACACAGCAGAGUUUUUGGUUCCUUUGAGAGUUCUAGUUAUGACAGUGUCCAAUACAGAGAAGACCUAAAGAACUUUAAGAAGCUGGCACUGGAAAGCCAAGAGCAAGGCAUUAGUGAGUACAGUGGUCCCAGCAGCGAGUAUGGCCGACAUCCAUCUGUCUCAACUAGUUCGGACCAGCAAAAUACGCAGGAAAUGGAAAUGGGGAACAAGAAGGGUAGCAACCAUGAUUCUGGGAUACAAGUUCUUGAUUGAUGAUUCCUAUGUCUUGCAAAAUUGUGCUCUCCAGAUAUCAGUUUGCAAGUGCACCUAUGAGAGUGGUACUGGUACAGUGGUACAUAUAAUUUGUUGGUAUAUUUUGCAGGUCCAAUGUACGAAUUGGCUUGCACACGAUGAAUAGAAGUUAGAGUUGUGUCUUUCUUUUUUCCUGGUGAUUUUUACUAUCUAACUUGCUUCACAAGUAUGGUUCCUGAUUUAUUUGAUACACCUGAAGCUUUGUAAACUUGAUUCAUUCUUCGAAGCUAACAUUUGUUUUAACUGGAAAAGCCUGACAUUGGGACUUAAAAGUGUCGAGGAUGAGGGUAUUUUGUAUUUAUUUGGUGAGCUUUGUGACUGAUAAUGCAUUAUAUGAUUCUUCAGUUGGUGUUUAAGACUUGUAGCUGCGCCGUUUACUUGUUUGUAUUGGGUGGGUGGGUCACAAACAAGGAACACAAUAGCCGGGUUGUUUAGCUAUGAAUAUGAGGAUAAGGAGUCAAACACAGGUCUUUUAUCUCCAAAGAGAACCAGUGUAGCAAUCUUGGUGCGACCAAAUUACUUUUUUGUGCUUUCUAUCGAUGUUUGUAGUUUUUUAUGUUUAUACUUUCUGGUGCGCCCAACUUCAAGGGUCAUUUUAGCAUGGGAAAGUUUAACACUUCCUUAACAAUGGAGAAGUUGACUU